AUGAGUCUUGGAUUCCCUGCUUCAUCUCAACAGACACGAAUCAGCCACCUGUUGGCUCAGCAGAAAUGCAGAUUCCUUUGUGCUGGUGUUGACUUCCAGGUAUCCUACAGAGCUCGCUCGCUCUGGUUCCUGCGGAGCCGUGUGUCUCCUCGGCCGCCGCGCCACCAUAUUGUCUGUGUGAGGAGACGGGAGAGCGGCCUGCGCCGCCGCCGCCAAAGAAAUCAAGAUGACUACCAGCUGGUCCGAAAGUUAGGCCGGGGUAAAUACAGUGAAGUAUUUGAAGCCAUCAACAUUACAAAUAAUGAAAAAGUUGUUGUUAAAAUUCUCAAGCCAGUGAAAAAGAAGAAAAUCAAGCGUGAGAUAAAGAUCUUGGAAAAUUUGCGAGGUGGCCCCAACAUCAUUACAUUGGCAGACAUUGUAAAAGACCCUGUGUCACGAACCCCUGCCUUGGUUUUUGAACACGUAAACAACACAGACUUCAAGCAAUUGUACCAGACAUUAACAGACUACGAUAUUCGAUUUUAUAUGUAUGAGAUUCUGAAGGCCUUGGAUUAUUGUCACAGCAUGGGAAUUAUGCACAGAGAUGUGAAACCCCAUAAUGUAAUGAUUGAUCAUGAACACAGAAAGCUACGACUAAUAGACUGGGGUUUGGCUGAAUUUUACCAUCCUGGCCAAGAAUACAAUGUUCGUGUUGCUUCCCGAUACUUCAAAGGCCCUGAACUUCUUGUAGACUAUCAGAUGUAUGAUUAUAGUUUGGAUAUGUGGAGCUUGGGUUGUAUGCUGGCCAGUAUGAUCUUUCGGAAGGAGCCUUUUUUCCAUGGACAUGAUAAUUAUGAUCAGUUGGUGAGGAUAGCCAAAGUUCUGGGGACAGAAGAUUUAUAUGACUAUAUUGACAAAUACAACAUUGAAUUAGAUCCACGUUUCAAUGAUAUUUUGGGCAGGCACUCUCGUAAGCGAUGGGAGCGUUUUGUCCACAGUGAAAACCAGCAUCUUGUCAGCCCAGAGGCCUUGGAUUUCCUGGAUAAGCUGCUACGAUAUGACCAUCAGUCACGGCUCACUGCAAGAGAGGCCAUGGAGCACCCCUAUUUCUACACUGUCGUGAAGGAUCAGGCUCGAAUGGGUUCAUCUAGUAUGGCAGGGGGCAGUACACCAGUCAGCAGCGCCAAUAUGAUGUCAGGGAUUUCUUCAGUGCCAACCCCUUCACCCCUUGGACCUCUGGCAGGCUCACCAGUGAUUGCUGCUGCCAACCCCUUGGGAUGCCUGUUCCAGCUGCCGCUGGCGCUCAGCAGUAAUGGCCCCUUCUUAUCUCCUGAUGCCUGAGCAGAGGUGGGAGGGAGUCCACUCUCUCCCUGAUGCAGCUUGCGCCUGGUGGAGAGGGGUGAAACACUUCAGAAGCACCGUGUCUGAACCGUUGCUUGUGGAUUUAUAGUAGUUCAGUCAUAAAAAAUUAUAAUAGGCUAA